AUGUUUGAGGCUGCAAAACUAGGAAACAACGGCUUUCUAGACAUAAUUUGGGAGAAACAUCCUGAUGUGAUGUUUGAAGAAGAAGAAAGUCAUUACAGCAUAUUUCAUAUUGCUGUUAUGUAUCGACAGAACGACAUUUUCAGUUUCAUGGGUAAGAAAGUGAGGAGAAUGUUGCGUCCAGUGGAUGCUGAAGCUCCAAACAAAGAUGGCAAAACUGCUAGUGCUUUAUUUACUGAAGAGCAUGAAGGGUUAAGGAAAAAAGCUGAGAAAUGGACUAAGGGGGUUGCAAAUGCAUGCAUCGUGGAGGCAACACUUAUUGCCACCGUGGCUUUCACAGCAGGUUUAACAGUACCAGGUGGCACCAAAGAACAAAAUGGGACUCCACAUUUUGUUCAAAGAGCUUCCUUGAUAAUUUUUGCAAUAUCAGAUACUGCAGCGUUAUUAUUCUCCUCUUUUUCCAUGGUGGAUUACAAUCACUACUCUUGUCAGUAG